AUGUCGUGGGCUAAUACGGGCAUGCAAGCCCUAAUACCGAUUAUCAAUAAACUACAGGAUGCAUUCGCUCAGUUGGGGACAUCGCUGAACUUUGACCUUCCGCAAAUAGCAGUAGUCGGUGGACAAAGUGCAGGCAAAUCAUCUGUGCUCGAAAAUUUCGUUGGAAAGGAUUUUCUUCCUCGAGGAUCAGGUAUUGUUACUCGGCGACCGCUGAUUUUGCAGUUGGUGCACGAUCAACAUGUAGAAUAUGGAGAAUUUUUACAUAAAAGAGGACAAAAAUUUACCGAUUUCGAGAUGAUCAGAAAAGAAAUUGAAGAUGAAACAGAUCGCAUAACGGGUCAAAAUAAAGGCAUCUCACCGAUUCCAAUCAAUUUGAGAAUUUUCAGUCCGAAUGUAUUGAACUUGACUCUAAUCGAUUUGCCGGGCUUAACGAAAGUACCGGUUGGUGAUCAGCCUCCCGACAUCGAGCAUCAGAUACGAGAAAUGCUUUUAACUUAUAUUUCACGUGAAACGUGUCUCAUUUUGGCAGUUACCCCGGCAAAUAGUGAUCUUGCUACAUCUGAUGCUCUUAAACUUGCUCGGGAGGUUGAUCCACAAGGAUUACGAACCAUUGGAGUUUUGACAAAGUUAGAUUUAAUGGAUGAAGGCACUGAUGCUCGUGACAUUCUGGAGAAUCGUUUAUUCCCACUUCGUAGAGGUUAUAUUGGAGUUGUAAAUCGAGGUCAGAAAGAUAUUGUUGGUAAAAAAGAUAUUAGAGCAGCACUCGAUGCUGAACGCAAAUUCUUCAUAUCACAUCCCUCAUAUCGACAUCUGGCAGAUCGUUUGGGAACACCAUAUCUGCAAAGGACGUUAAAUCAGCAACUUACAAACCAUAUCAAAGACACAUUACCGGCAUUGAGGGAUUCAUUACAAAAAAAACUAUAUGCAUUGGAAAAGGAUGUUAACGAGUAUAAAAAUUUCCAGCCAAAUGAUCCAUCCAGGAAGACGAAAGCUCUUAUGCAGAUGGUACAAACUUUCACAACAGAUAUCGAGCGAUCAAUUGAAGGAUCAUCAUCGAAGGCCGUAAGUACAAAUGAAUUAUCAGGAGGUGCGCGAAUUAAUCGAAUUUUUCACGAACGAUUUCCAUUCGAGAUCGUGAAAAUGGAAAUCGAUGAAAAGGAAAUGAGACGGGAAAUACAAAUUGCUAUACGCAACAUUCAUGGUAUCCGUGUUGGUCUAUUCACACCUGACAUGGCAUUCGAAGCUAUCGUGAAGAAACAGAUUGAACGUCUGAAGGAACCAUCAUUAAAAUGUGUUGAUUUAGUUGUUAAUGAAUUGGCUUCUGUUGUGCGACAAUGUGCUGAAUGUGUUGCACGUUAUCCAAGAUUACGCGAUGAAAUUGAGCGAAUUGUAACCACAAAUAUGCGAGAAAAAGAACAGUCUGCGAAAUAUCAUAUAUCGAUGCUUGUUGAUUACGAGCUUGCUUAUAUGAAUACUAAUCAUGAAGAUUUCAUCGGCGCGGAAGCAAAAGCAUCGUCGACCUCACAAAAAAAAAAUCUGGGUAAUCAAGUAAUAAGAAAAGGCUGGUUAUCAGUGCACAAUAUAUCAUUCGUUCGUGGUUCGAAAGACUGUUGGUUUGUACUCACAUCUGACAGUUUAUCAUGGUAUAAGGAUGACGAGGAAAAGGAAAAGAAAUACAUGCUACCCUUGGAUGGAAUAAAAUUGCGAGAUCUCGAAGCUGGUUUUAUGUCGAAGCAGCAUAAAUUCGCUCUAUUCUACCCCGACGGAAAGAAUAUCUACAAAGAUUAUAAACAGUUGGAAUUGAGCGCUAGCAAUUUGGAUGAAGUAGAUGCCUGGAAAGCAUCAUUCCUUCGUGCGGGUGUUUAUCCGGAGAAGGAGAAGCCGGCUGAGGAUGGUGAGGCUGUUGCGGAAAUUGAAGAAACAUCGGUGGAUCCACAACUUGAGCGUCAGGUGGAAACAAUUCGUAAUUUAGUUGACUCUUACAUGCGGAUUGUUACAAAAACAAUACGAGAUCUUGUGCCAAAAGCAAUUAUGUUUCUUAUUGUCAAUAAAGUCAGCGAAUUUCUGCGCGAUGGUGACCUUUUGGCUAAUCUUUAUCAGCUUGGUGACACAGACUCGAUGAUGGAAGAAAGUCAACUCGAAGCACAGAAACGAGAGGAAAUGUUCCGAAUGUAUCAUGCUUGCAAGGAAGCGUUAAAAAUUAUUGGUGAAGUGAAUAUGACUACGAUUUCAACUGAUGCACCUCCUGCAGUAGCAAGUGAUUGGUUGAGAUCUAAUGGACCGUCUCCGGUACAACGACCUGGAAUAGGUGGUGGAUUAACCGCGCAGCGUCCAGCUCCUAUGCCACCGCGACCGACGGGAAAUGUGCAGAAUGCGUCCUCACUUGCGAAUCGACCACUACCGGGACCACCGGGUAGUCUUCCUGCUCCGUUGCUACCCAUUCGGGUGCAUAACAAUUCAACAGUUCAAAAUGGUGUGCCGCCAAGGAUACCAGAUCGACCGCAAAUACCUUCACGUCCUUAUUGA